AUGUCCAGCUCUGUAUCGGACAACGGACCUCGGUCUACUAGACCCCGUCCUGCCAAAUCCGGCAUCGACAUCAAGCUCGACCAGCACUGGAGCUCCAAGUCGUAUACUUCUGGCUCCAAGGUUACAGGAAGCGUCAUCAUCAACACCCAGCGCGAUGUUGCUUAUGAUGGCUUCGAGAUCUUCUUCACUGGCACUGCCUACACCCGUGUUGACUUUGUCAGCCAAUAUUCCAGCGCCAACUACGCUUCUCGUCCUUUCAUGAAGCUCCGCAUGCCUCUCAGCCCAGCAGACUUCCCCAGCAAUCGUGUCUUCGAGGCUGGCCGCACAUAUACAAUCCCCUUCCACUUUGUUGUUCCCCACCAGCUUACCCUCAGCGCAUGCAACCACCCCGUGGAGCAUGAGGGUAUCAGGGACCACCACCUCCAGCUCCCCCCAACCAUGGGUUUCUGGGAGCGCAACGACCAGUCUCCUGACAUGGCUCACAUCGAAUAUGGCAUCCGCGCCGUGGCUACCAAGAACAGUGAGGAGGAGGGCCGAACUUUGCCCCUUGAUAGCUUUCACAUGGUCAAGGUUCUCCCUGCCAUGCCCGAGGACGCCCCUCUUGAUAUCUGCUCCAAGGACGAGCGCUAUUGUCUCUCCAAGACAAAGCCCAUCCGCAAGAACCUCUUCUCUGCCAAGCAGGGUGAGCUCACCACUACGGCUUCUCAGCCCAGUGCCAUUAUGCUCUCUGGAAACUUCCUCAACGCCAGCGGUACCAACUUGAAGGUCAACUUCGAGUUCAGCUCUACCUCCAAGGAUGUUACUCCUCCCAAGGUCAACUCUGUUAGCGCUAAGCUCCACGCAACCACUUUCUUCAGCAGCGCUCCCAUGACACAGCUCCCUAACCUGGGUUCUCGCGUCAAGCACCAGGGCACCCCAUCGCUCACUUACUCCACCACUACACCUGUCCCCAUGCGACCUGAUACCCAGCUCACGUGGGAAGAUGAGGCUCCUGCUUCUCGACGGGACUCUGGCUAUGACAGUGCUUUCUGGAACGAGGGAGAGACAUCUGAGUCUGAUGAUACCCAGCGCAACAGAAAGGCCAGCAAGUACAACGUCCGCCGCUACGCCACUCUCGAUGUUCCUUUCAACCUGCCCACUUCCAACAGCAAGCUCUUCCUCCCUACGUUCUACUCGUGCCUCAGCGCCCGCGCUUAUAUCCUCCACCUUACCCUAUCUGUUGGUUCCAUGAACACCAACAUCAACCUCAGCAUCCCCAUCCAGGUGGCUGUUGAGAACACCUACGACCACAUCGACGAUGACGAGCUUCCUUCUUUUGACGCUGCCAUCGCCGAGGCUGAAGAAGCCGAUGUCGACCUUCACCUGCAGCCCCGACUCAUGCAGGUUCCCGAUGCUCGAUUCCAGGGCAACAGCGUGCUUCCUGGCUACGAAGACAUGCGAAUGCGAGCCCAAGUGGCAGUUGCCUAG